AUGGCUCUGAAAGGGGUGAUUAUUAGUGUUUAUGUUGAAUCUUCAUCAACCAUAGAUCCACAUAAAUUUGAUCAAUUGAAAAGAACUCAAGCAAAUGAAUUUUUAUCGAUGCCUAAGGGCACAAAAAGAACAAGAGGGUACGAUCGUCAUGCACAACUUUUGGCCUAUGCUCAUGAAUUAAGGCAUGAUAAUUCUACGCAUCCUCAAUUUUCAUCCAAUAAUACAAAACAAAAGCAUAAGAAAAAGAGAUGGACAAGAAGGAUAGGAUCGUCAUUUCCACGUUUGUUUCGUCGAAAAAAUAAGGAGCAGAGGUAUGAACGGAUGGAAACGGAAGAAAACGAAAAUAAAUCCACAUCUAAUUUUUGUAAGAAGUUGAAGUGUUUUCUGAAAGACAUCUCAUGUAGUAUCUGGCAAUUUGGCAAGAAAUAA